AUGGACGAGGACUUCUUCUCCGAUGACGACCUAGACCUCAACAACGAUACCCUCCAAGAACUCGAACAACACGCCAUCUCCUCCACCCAAGCACCAGCACCAGCACCAAUACAGCAUGUUCGAGCUCCCUUCAACCCUCCCCGUCCUCGAGGAGCGGCUCAACCUCCGCCUGCGCGCCGACAAGCCCACAAUGCCUCCAGUUUGAAUCGAGCCAGCGUCAAUCGGAAUCCUCAAUAUCGUGCCCCAGGAUCCACACGCUCGCCGUCAAUCGACGUGAGACCUCAACCUGCAAUACCUGAAGCUCCAAAUGCGCCACCUCCCAGCGCGCCGGAGCCUCCUUCCUCCGAUUACGGCCUUGACGAUGAAGAAGUCAUCGAUCUUGACGAGCCGUCAAUGAUCAUACAACCCGCAUCGGGACUCGCACACCGACCUCUUCCCCGACAGGAUCUUCAAACCGAUGAUGAACUGGAAAAUUCAACAGCUGCAGCAUUUGCGGCUGCGGACGCCGAGUUGGGAAGCCAAACGUUUGGCAUAUGGCAGCGAGCACCGCUUUUGAAGAGUCAGCCGCAUCAAUCGAGCUCCAUGGACGUGUCGGCAUUACAGGCACGAAUUGCCGAGUUGGAGGCCGAACAGGCGAGAUUGAAGCAUGCAGAGCAGCAGGCUCGAGAAGAAGCACGACAAAAGCAGGGUGAAAUCUCCAUUGUUCGGAGCAAUCAAGAGAAGAUGACACGCCAGUACGAAUCCAGAAUAUCCGUGAUGCAGAAGCGACAUGCGGAUGAGGCUGCAAAGCAAAAGGCGGAACUAGAAGCACAACGCAAGGAGCGAGAGAAGAUGGAGACGGACAAUCGCUUUCUCCACCACGAUCUUGCCCAGGAAGCUGAUCGUGCGAAGAGGGUCAAUGGCACGGCGAAAUCACGAGUUGGGACACAAAUGGGCACUCCGCGGAAAAGYAAAAGAACUGGUCUUGGUGAUGGCUUCGAUGACGAUGAGGUGCGUUUGAUGAGUCCCAGCAGGAGUAAAGACAAGGCAAGAGACCAGACGCCCAAAGUGGGUGCGAAAAGGAAGAGGACUGCCAACGACAGCCCGGUAGCUGCGCUGUCCUUUAACCAGCAACGCCCACUCACAAUUCAACACGAAAGCUCGGAACAGACUACAACAUCCGAGAGUGCUCCCGCAGAGGUAGCCGUGGUGAAGAAAGACGGCAGGUACGAGUAUAUGCAACUCCUCCUCAAUCACCGUCCAUAUGAAGGCCACGCCCGGACGGUGGAAUCCCUGGCCAAGUAUUCUUUCCCUUCUCACCCGGAAGUGGCUCUUUCUUCCAUCUUUCUCGACAAGAUGACAUACGCGGCAGAUGAUGUUGACGAACAAGGGCUGCCAUUGAAGAUUUCCCAGAUUCUGCUAGACUUGUGGAAAAGGUGCACGGAAGACUUCUCCCUGCAAACCUUUACCCCAUUCUAUCUCAUCAUAGACAUGCUUCGGUUUGUACUUCGAACGGAGCUGGCGGCAACAAAGUCUCAUCUUCUUGAAGAAGCAAUACCCCUUUGCGUCAGAUCAAUCGAACAAAUAUCUGUUCCCAUUGCACGGGCAGCCAUCAAUCCCAUCUUCGCUUCGCAGAUGGAUCGACAAUUUGUUUACACACUCGCCGAUUUGAUAGAUGUUGACGAAGUUCUCGACUUUCUUUACGACAUUUGUCAAGCCGCGACUCUUUCCCCGCCGCGAAUAGAGACAUUCUGGCAGAGAAUGGAUCAUGCGUGGAUGUUGAACCUCCUACACAAAUCGCUACCUGCAAGUCAGAUCACGACCAUGGUGCAAAUCUUGAAGACAUCCGCAUUUCCCGCCACCUUUGGUGUCAUCGUCGCGAACAACCCUGAAAAGCAAGCCGAGCAAGAGCGACAGAUUGUUGAGCGACUCACAACUAUGCUCUUCGAAAUCCCCACACCAUGGGCAGGAUAUGAAGAUGAAGAAGAGCCUCCAUAUACCGAAGCGGRGCUUACCGAACUUCACAUUCUGGUUUUGGAAGUCUUCCAUGAGAUGUGCUCAUCAACUCACGGUGGGCUGAUACUGGCCCAGCAUCGCAGUGUCAUUGGCAGACUCGUCCGUUUCCUCACAUUACAAAUCAACAAGCUUUACCUUGUCACCACCUUUUCAGACAACGACCACACCCACGACCUCCAAAUUCGCUCCAUCAGUCUUAGUAUACGAAUCCUCUACCACAUCCUCAGUUCGCACGGUGAUGAAUUCGACGUUGUGCCCAAGUUGAGAACUGUGCUGGGCGGGUACCACAAGUUCUUGAUCUCAAUGACGAGGGUCGCAUUCAGCGACUGUUUGGUGUUCGAAAAAGGAAUAGAGGAAGUCGUCAUGGAAGCCGCACACGGAAUUUUGGAUUACAUGUUGGGGCCUGAAGAGGGUGAAAUGGUUAUGAGAGCUGUUGAGACGCCUAGGGGAAGUCGAUCGACAGUGGUAGGCACGGAAGGUGGGUCAGGCAGACAAGAGGUUGACAUGGAAGACGGGUGA